CUCGUCGUUGCUGAGUCCUGCCAGCAUAUGUUCCUCUUUUUUUUGUAUUGGAACACACACUUAUGUUUCGGCUACAUCACUUCUCGUGGGGAAUAAUUUGUGCGCUAUACUUUUAUUUGUAACCACCGAACCGUGACCGCGAGUGCGCAAAUGCGCAUCGGUCUGCGCAUCUUUGAAUCUACAGAACUACACUGUGGACAAUCUCCCUGACAUCCGGAGACCUCUCUCCGCAAUCCGACGAGGCUUCUUCAUCGCCUAUGGCCGCACAUCGGCAUCCCUGAGCCGCUGGCCUCGUCCCGGACCUUUCACCCAUCGCUGUCCUCAGAAAGUCUUUGAAGCAGGGAGGCGUCUUACAUAUUUUGUAAAAUUAUCCACCGCUGACAAAAAAAAAUUAAAGAACCCGGUGCUAUGCAGGGCCCAUCUCUCUAGAUCUUGUGAUUAAUACACGAUCUCUCCUCCCACAUUCGUCCGGCCGAGACCCUGGUCCUCUCUUCGAACCCCAGCAAUGCAUCCUAACGCAGUGAUACUGGCGCUGGUCCUUUUGGGGAACUUGAUGCUGCCUCUCAUCUCGGCUCAAAACGCUGGGUUUGUGAAGUCGCCAAUGUCUGAGACUAAGCUUACGGGGGACACCUUUGAGCUGUACUGCGACGUGGUCGGUAACCCCACUCCGGAGAUCCAGUGGUGGUACGCUGAGAUCAACCGAGCUGACUCCUUCAAGCAGCUGUGGGACGGAGCCCGCAAGCGUCGGGUAUCCAUCAACACGGCCUACGGCGCCAAUGGGGUAGGUGUGCUCGGCAUCACGCGUCUCACACUGGAGGACUCUGGGACCUAUGAGUGCCGGGCCAGCAACGACCCCAAGCGAAAUGACCUCCGACAAAACCCUGCCACCACCUGGAUCCGAGCCCAGGCCACCAUUUCGGUGCUACAGAAACCAAAGAUCAAUGCCACCGAUGAGAUCGUCCUGACGGGGGAGUCUCCUGCCAAACCCGUGACCCUGCAGUGUAACCUCACCACGGCCCAUACUCCACACAGAGAGAGCUUCUGGGUGAAGAACGGCGUGGAAAUCAAAUACACACGGACAGAACUGAAGCACACAUCACACAGAAUCGUUAAACCACGGGCAGAUGAUUCUGGGGAAUACAUGUGUGUUUACACAUUUGACAUGGCGCCGAAUGCAAAUGCUACAAUUGAAGUAAAAGCAAAACCUGCAAUCCACGGUCACAAGCGAAGUGAGAAUAAAAACGAGGGGGAAAAUGCAAUGCUUUACUGCAAGUCUGUCGGCUACCCACAUCCCACCUGGACAUGGCGUAAAAUGGACGGAGCAUCUUACGCGGACAUCAACAACUCCACUGGUCGCUUCUUCAUCACCAUCCGAGACAACUACACAGAGCUCAACAUACUGAAGCUGGAUAUACUCUCCGAUCCUGCCGUUUACCAAUGCAAUGCCACUAGUGUGAUUGGAAACACUGCAGAGACCACUAUUCUACGGGUGCGGAGCAACCUUGCACCGCUUUGGCCUUUCCUGGGUGUGCUCGCAGAAAUUAUUAUCCUAGUAGUCAUCAUCGUUGUGUACGAGAGGCGCAAGAAUCCAGACGACAUUAUUGAAGAUGAUGAACCAGCGGUACCAAUGAAAACAAAUUCAACUAACAACCACAAGGAUAAAAACAUUCGCCAGAGGAAUGCAAAAUAAGCAAUUUACUCAAAUGAGAUGGCUAAACUGCAGUUUCUGGAGGUAUCAGAGGUGGAGAGAGCUCCGGGCAGUUUCGAAAAAAAGCACAUCUUGUCUCAUUUUAUGAGAAACAAUAUCAGCAUAACACUGGCAACAAAAAGAACAUAAUGGCUGUCUUAAGCAUGCCUUAUUCAGUCUAUCGUGGAGGUUUCAGGAUGA